AGAUUUUUUUUAUAAAAACUCCGAUUUUACUGAUGCUAAAAUUGCAAAAAAAUGGUUCAGCUGUGCUGCAGGAUAUGCCUGGAGCAAAGAAAGCAUACCGAACUAGUUUCAGUGUUCAGCAUGCACGAUGGAUUUGUAAUUCGGGAUAAGCUACGUGAGCUGUUCGAUCUGGAGAUUGGCCAGACGGAAAUGCUCACGACCAUCUGUAAGUCAUGUCUGAAGAAGGUGUGUACUGCACGGAACAUACGGGACUGGUUUAAUAAGCAAAACCUCAAGUACCAGCAACUCAUGUGUUCCGGCAGCGAUCCACAAGCUGGCACCAAUGCAUCUAAUUCACCUUCCAUGAUUGUAAAAGAACAUUCCCCAUUGGUAAAGAGUACAACGCACGAGGAAGCGAGUGUCAGCGGCGACACCGACGCCAUAGAGGAAGGUGUACAGUAUUUCACAGUAUCGACAGAGGACGAAACAAUAAGGUGCUCUGAGGAAGCACUGGUAGACGCGCAAGAUGAUGCUAGUGUUGAUCCGAAGUUGCAGCAAUCCGCCGAGUUUCAGGUGCAGCUGAUCGGCGACAUUUCCCUGAACGAGCAGUCGUCCUACAAGAUCGUUCAGCUAGGAGAAAAACCUACCAUCGUGACUAAGGAUACUAAGAAUAACCGCUGCUAUAUCUCCAUCGAUGGCAAUACCUUCCUGGGAAUGGACACGGAUACCGAAUCCGUGAACGAGGAAAUACUAUCAGUACAAUCAGAGCAAGAACUGGAUGAAGAAGAAUCUGCAACUUCGGUACAACAGAACGGGUGUGAGACUGCUGAAGUGCGAGAUGACCUCGAAUGUUCUCUGUGCGGCAUGCAGUUUGACCUGGAGGCGCAGCUGAUUGACCAUGGUGUCGAGACGCACGGCGAUCGGUUCGAGUUGCUCCAGUGCAAGGGCUGUUACAUUCAGUUCGCGUCAAAACGGUCGCUGCGACGGCACCGAUGUGACGCCGAGGGAAAGUUUCAGUGCAGGUACUGCGAGAAAGUGUUGAAAACACGCAACGCCUGGAAGAGCCACCAAAAUAUGCACACGGGGGAGAAGAGCUUUCAUUGUGAUCUUUGUGAUCGCAAGUUUAGCCAGUACUCCAGUAUGCGCCGUCAUCGGCUAGUACACACCGAUGAAAAGCCUUACGAGUGUGAGUAUUGUUACAAAAAGUUCCGACAGACAUGCAUAUUGCAGGCCCACCGUCGACGACACACCGGCGAGAAGCCAUACAAAUGUGAUGUUUGCGGCAAUUCCUUCCGUGAGAAUAGUGCGUUUGCCAGGCACAAAACAUUACACAAUCGGGAUCAUCCCGGCAAGGGUAAGGUCUAACGUUUUGUAAUUGAAGCUUACUAAAUGUAUACGUAAAGCAGUAGCGUAAAGCUUUGACGUGGUCUGUGAUUUACUUCAACUAAUGAUCGACUUGUGGGGCCAUGCGUACAUGACUGAGAACCGUGAAUCUAACAUUGCAUACACUGUAUGUAGAUAUGUGCUUAUAAUUUAAUGCUCCCUAGAAUCACGACCGCCAAGAAAUCAAUAGAUGUAAUUAUGGUGGAGAAAAUGCCAAAGUGUUAAUAAAAGAUAGAAAAUCUAAU